AUGUCUAGGAGACUCGAUCACACACAAGCUUUGCCUGAUGCUUCGAAUGUACCAGAACAGCCGAAGCGACUAGCAUGUGAAAGAUGCAGAGGGCAGAAGCUUCGUUGUAUCCGGAAUAGAGUCAAUCAGCUUUCUUGUAACCGCUGCGAACGAGCAGGAGCAGUUUGCAUCACCAAGCCGUCGAUGCGAAUGGGCAGACCUGGCCGUUCGGAUAGUCAACGGAAGGGAAAUAUUGCGAAUCGAAAACGGCGACAAAGUCAUAGUGUACCCAGUCAGCAAUUUCAAGAUUUUGGCCCGGUUUCGGAAAAGAGGAGCAGUAGCGGUACUUGCUAUAACUCGCCAGCGCAUGACGGCUCGACUGCGGGAAUGCAAAAUAUAACGGGGUCGAGGCCAGCAUUCGCCUCGCAUCUACUUGCUGCUGAUGUGCAGGAGAUGCCGGAAAACGACUUCGUUCCCUUUCCCUUUGUGGGAGAAGGCGAGAACAACGAUCAGGAGCAAGAACCGAUGUCCUGGCUCAGCUACAACGCAGUGGAGAUGAACAUCCCUCCGUUUGUAGACAAAUUUGAUUGUUUCAGGCAUUCUCUCGGUCCCAGCGGCGAUAAUAACUUGCCAAACAUGAUACAUGUCGGCCCAGAGUCAUCUCCUAGCUCCAACCGUACCUCCGACUCCGGAUUUCAAAACAUCGUCAGUGACCUCACGCAUCUAGACACUGGCACAGUGGCCGAAAACGAAGGGAUCAGCAGGAGGGAAACAGAUGACUUGUAUAAUGAAUCGGUCGAACGUUUAGCUAGGUUGGAUAUGGACAUCAGGCAACAUCUGAAGGUCGACCGGACAGGUAAUCAGCCGUCUAAUGAGCACAAUUCAAUGGAGAUUUUCCCGCCAGAACCUACACUCCCAAUAUCCCAUGUACUUCGUGGGCUUCAGGAGCUUCAAGAUCUGCUUCAAAACCUGAUGAAUGUCCGGAACGCUCGAUCAAUAUAUGGAUCAACUUCUAAUCAUUCAGGACUGAAUUUGCGGGGAAACGAAACGUCUGGCCAAAGUCCUGCGGGGAGUACUCAUUCAUUAGCAACGCUAUCAGUAUCGUCCUCAUCGUCCGGAGAUUCACUACUCCCUAUUCUGGUCAAUACUUCUCGAAGUAGUGGAAGCUCUACAUGGCAAACUCGACAGCACCACUUGGACACCCCGACAUGUCUUUUAAUGCUGGUGUGUUAUGUUGACUUGGUUCGGCUUUGUCGAGUUGUUUUCUCGAGUAUCUGCUAUUACCUUGUUGCAUCGAAUCACAGAGCAAUAUCAAUCGCCCUUUCAGACAUCCAAAUCAGCGGUGUCUCGCUUCAGGGAGAUCAGAAUCUUCAGAUUUUAAUUUUAGUUCAGGUGGUUGUGCGUAUGCUCGAUUGCAUCGGAGAAAUGCUAGGAUGUACCGAUUGUGGCCAAAGAACGGAAGGAAGGGGGUUACAACCGCUCAUCUUGCCAAAAUUGACGGGAAUUAUCAUGAGCGAGGAGGAAACGGACAAGCAGGGGGGGCAAGCUGGGGGUAUAAAAGCGUUGAGGGAAGAUAUUCGCAGAUUGAAACGAGUUCUUAAGCGCACCUGA